CUCGUGGAUGCUGACGACUACUUAGUGACUAGACGAUGCUUUCUACGCGCCAGUGCCGGAGUGAUUCCAGGAAACCGGUCGAUGGUUGGGAGCUGUUUAGAGUUACUGGGAAAAAAGGCUUAUUUAGGUUGAUCGCCAGUUUUUCUGGCUAUCGAACUUCCUUCUGAAAUGGUUGUCGUUUUUGCUGGUGUUUGAUGCCCUAAGUUGGGAUAUUCAUGCUCGAUCAACGAGUGAUAGACGCUGGACGUUCUCCGACCAUGAAGAAUCUGUGGUCUUUUACCGCCUGGCCGGGGUGCUUGCUGAUUGUUCUUGCUAUUGUUCACGGCACGCGAGCAAUAGAUAUCGAAGUUAGCAGUGAGCAAUCCAUCAAAGAUGCCGCCAGCACCGCCGCGUACGGGUUGAUGUCCUACUACCAUGGCAACGAGUCAGGCCACAUACCAGGGAAGCUCGAUGAUACGUGGUGGGAGGGCGGUGCCAUGUUCAUGGCUCUCAUUCUGUAUUAUCACUAUACCAGUGAUAGCACCUACAACAAGGAGGUGAUCCAAGGAAUGCAGUGGCAAGCAGGAGAUUGCGAUUAUAUGCCAUCCAACUAUAGCAGCUGGCUGGGAAACGAUGAUCAGAUGUUCUGGGGUCUGGCGGCGAUGACGGCGGCGGAGCUCAACUUCCCCAACUCGGACGACGGAUACUCGUGGCUGGCGCUGGCGCAGGGGGUUUUCAACACCCAAGUCGCGCGAUGGGAUACCACCUCGUGCGACGGGGGGAUGCGGUGGCAGAUGUGGUCCUACGAAAGCGGGUAUACAAUGAAGAACACGAUCUCGAACGCGGGUCUAUUUCAGCUCUCCGCGCGGCUGGCUCGCUACACCAGCAACCAGACGUACUAUCAAUGGGCGGAGAAGAUCUGGGACUGGUCCGCGUCGACGCCGCUACUCAGCAACUCGACCUGGAACGUUGCCGACUCCACGGAGACGACCAACGACUGCAGCACCCAGGGCGACAACCAGUGGACCUACAACUACGGGGCCUUUCUUGGGGGCGCGGCGUACAUGUACAACUACACCAACGGCACCAGCCGCAGCAAGUGGCAGACGGCCGUCAACGGCCUGCUGAACGUGACAUUCGAUACCUUCUUCCCGACCAAGUACGGCGGCAACGUCAUGUCGGAGAUCACCUGCGAGCCCACCGAGGUGUGCAACCGCGACGAGAUCAUCUUCAAAGGCCUUCUAUCCAACUGGCUCGCCUUCACCGCCAUGCUCGUGCCCUCGACCUACAGCCGCAUACUGCCCAAGCUGCAGGGCUCCGCCGAGGGCGCCGCCGCGUCUUGCACGGGAUACUCCAACAGCUCCUGCGGCGUCCGCUGGAACUCCACCUGGGACGGCUGGUCCGGCCUGGAGGAGCAGAUGAGCGUCGUCAACGUCUUCGUCGCCGCCCUGCUGCCCUACAUCAACUCCUCCGCCACCCCGCGCACCGCCUCCACCGGCGGCAAUAGCACCAGCGACCCCUCCGCCGGCACAUCCGACGACACCAACGACGAGGAGACCCUCAGCACUAUCACGACGGGCGACCGCGUUGGCGCCGCCUUCGUGACGGUCAUUCUGGUCGCCAUGUCGGUCGGGAGUCUGGUGUGGAUGAUCAUGCUGUGACGUGUGGAUGCAGUGGUGGUGAGCGAGGAUGAUACCCUGU